AUGUCUGCCGGGAUUAACGUUACCGAGGAGCAACCUUUGUUGUCCAACUCGAAGCCGCCAAGUUAUGAUAACCCUUCAGACGCAAGUCGCACUCAGGAUGAAGAAGCGCUUACCUUGACAGACGAGACUCCGAGUCUGAAAGAGCCAUGGACCACGAGGCAACUAAUCGUCUAUGGCCUUCUGACAUUGCUAGGAUUGUUUAUAUUGGCCACAUUCAUCAAGGGCUUCAUUGACGCUGAUGAUGUGAAUUUUGACCUUGGCAAAGCAUUGAUGAGUGCGCUAGGAGGAGGGUUAAGUGGUGCUGCGGCUAUGGUGUUGCAGGUCUUGACGCUCAUGCCUCUGCGCACGAUCAUGAAUUACCAGUACAGAUACGGCACAACGAUGACACAAGCUACCAAGAUCUUAUACGCUGAUGGCGGCUGGGUGCGGUAUUACCAAGGCCUUACCGCAGCUCUGGUUCAAGGGCCAGUGUCCCGCUUUGGCGACACCGCUGCCAAUGCAGGCAUUCUCGCACUCCUUCAGAGUAAUUCAUAUAUGAAGACCUUGCCCACGCCUAUAAAGACAGUGUUCGCGAGUGUUGCUGCGGCUUGCUUCCGCAUGAUAUUGACCCCAGUUGACACGAUCAAGACGACAAUGCAGACGCAGGGUAAAGAAGGCAUCGCAUUACUGAGAAUCAGGGUCAAAAAAUACGGCAUUGGCAGCCUGUGGUAUGGCGCUCUCGCGACCGCCGCUGCCACAUUCGUCGGUCACUACCCAUGGUUCGGGACCUAUAACUAUCUCAACGCGGUCCUUCCACUUCCAGCAACUCUGCUACAGAAACUCUUCCGUUCAGCUGUAAUCGGCUUUGCAGCUUCCAUCGCCUCUGACACCAUUUCUAACUCUCUCCGCGUGCUGAAGACCUACCGACAAGUCAAUGCUACCCGAAUUGGAUAUACCGAUGCUGCCCGUGCCGUAAUCGCAGCAGAUGGCCUCAGGGGUUUGUUCGGGCGGGGACUGAAAACCCGUAUCUUGGCCAAUGGCCUCCAAGGAAUCAUGUUUACAAUUCUGUGGAAGUUAUUUUUGGAUUUGUGA